CUCAUGACUCCAAAUUUACUUCCUUCCUGGCAGCUUCGUUGGUGAGGGUCAAGGACUGCCAUACUGCCCAGGUCGCAGCUCGUCGGCAGCCACCAGCCGGUCAACGUCUCCAGCCACCACCAGCGUCCAAUUACGCAACCAGCCUACCCACGUUCGAAGUUCUUGCCUGCCGUCGUACUCCAUCCGCCCCAGACGGUCGCUGCGAGUAAACAGAGCACCCCAACCACACCGGCGGUGUCCCUAUAGCCUGGCAUUAGCGCACUCCGGUGACCUCAGGGACUGUUCGCCGUCGUCGUCUGUCAUCCUGCCAUCGCCGUCUUCCACCUGCGUCGUCGUUGUCCCGCUGAAGGUCUGAAUCAGAUUCCGCCGCCGUUGCUGUUAGAAUACACAGGUAUGCUCCCGUUUUCUGUCUUCUUUCCUUUUAUUUGUAAUUUUGACUUCCCUCUUAAGUCUCCUCUGUAAUUUUGGCUUUGAACAUAACUCCUUUUGCUAUGUCCUUGAUGUUAUCAAUCAAUUGCAGUGACAUACGAAGUAUCUUUCAAUUUUUUUUUUUUAUAGCUAAUGACUGAUAUACGUAGUAAAUUUUUUUUUUUUUAAUAAUUAGCGGCUGAUUUUUCUCUUGCCUUUUUUUUUUUGCAUAAUAUUUUAGCUGUUAAUACCUUAUGGAUAUACUGGACUCCAUAGACUCUGAUGAAUUGCUCAGUGGUGACGGGGAAUUAGUGUUGGAGAAUUUUCCUCAUCCUUGGGCAGAUGUUAAUUCUGAUGUUGAAGAAAUUAGUCCCAUAAAGCCACGAGCCGCUUCUGUCAAACCACCAAAACGUCGCUACCGUGGUCCGUAUCCACCCUUAGACCCGAGCCCCAUCUUACACUACAGGUCGCGCCUCUCAGUUUCCAAGUUUGAAAAGUAUAAGAAAUUUUUUCCGUCCACAGUGACUGUCCGAUGUCCCGAUUCGGAGGAUAUUGUAACCGAUCCUCCUAAAGGUCACUUUUUUGGGGUGCAUAUUCUCUCCAUAAAAUUAGGAUUCCGCUUUCCCACGCACCCUUUGAUUAUUGAGUUUUUAAAUGACCUUGAAAUUUCACCUUGUCACCUGACUCCGCUCGGUCAUCAGUAUCUGGUAGCUUUCUUAGUCCGGUGUGAAACACUUGGGAUUGAAUCGUCCCUAGACCUCUUCAAGCAUAUGUUCCGAGCUGGGCAGUGCUCGGCAUCUGAUAGUCUGUCCUGGGUGUCUAUCUCUCAGCGCAACCACUUUGACAUGUGGAAGGUCACUCGUAGCAACGAAGCCAAUUGGAAAGAAGAAUUUGUCUAUGUGUCGUCUGGAUCUCCGUUACCUUUUUCAUCGUCUUUGAAUUGUCGAUUUAAGAAGUAUUCGUACCCGAAACUUCCAGUUGACCAGGAGACAUGGCCGGCUAUGAUUCUUUCUGGAGGACCGUAUAGCCUCUCUGCCUUUACUUCCGAAGACCGCCUAACCACGGUUGGACUCUAUUCGCCGUCACCAUGUUCGGGUGCACACGCAUCCACGUCCACGGAUCAAGAUAUGACAUCGCGGUUGGAGAUGUUCCAAAGCUUCGACCAGGAUGGGCCUCGCGGUAGUGACCAGGGGCGCUCUGACAAGAAACCAAGGGUUCCCUCCGUCACAAAAGGCAAGGAUGCCAUUGUAACUGUGCCUUCAUCCAUUUCAAAACGCAAGGCCGCUAGCCCCGCAGCCCGCAUCACCCGUAGCAUGAGUGAUAUUCCCACGGCGGGGAUGACUACUUGGUUACGAGGUAACCUUGAGUUACCUCCGCUCUUAUCACAGGUGAUCACGGCGACUGAGAAGGAGAAAAUUUCAACACUUGACCAUGCUGCUUUAGAGAAGAGGAGCCACCAUGGCCUGGCCGAGCUACUGUUGUCCAUCUCCGAGGUGAACCGAAGGAAAGAUGAGCGCGAGAAAGAUUUGUCGCUACAACUCACCGAAUUAGCGAAGGAGGUGGCAUCGCUCAAGCUCGUGCGUGACUCACAUGCAGCCGAGGUCACUGCGCUUAAAGAAAUGCACGCCGUCGAGUUGGCCAAUGCAAGGGGGCGGGCCGUGGAUGCAUACAAGAAUUCUCCAGAGUUCGUGUCUGAUCAGGAAGCAUACAUUAAUGCCCACUUGAACGAUAUUAGCAAGCAUUGGUUGUCUACUCCGGAAGGUCGUGAGAAACUGGCCUUAGAGAGCUACAUCUCCUACCAGAUCGGGAUAUAUGCCACUCAACAGAAAAUAUAUCCUAUCUUGAGGGAUAAGGCUGGUACCUCUUGCAUCACUGAUUGGGGACUUCCUCCUGAGGUUCCCAACCCUGAGAUCCCGGUAGCCAACACGCCCCUGGACUAUAUUCCUUUUGACAGACUCCCCACUGAUGAGGAGCUUGGCGAUCUUCCUUCCGAGACAGAUCACCCAGCUUCGACUGCUUCUGUGCCUUAGAGCAUGCAUGGGAGUGAUGGAUGGACGUAGUGUAGACUUUAAUUCUGUCAUGUCUUCAAUUACGAGUACCCGAAUUGCUAAACAUGUUUUGACUUUCAUAAAAUAAUAAUAAUGCAUGUCUUAUUUUCCUUUC